AAUAAUAAUAAUUAUAAUUUUGUACCUCUGACAGCAGUAAUGUUCAUUCACGAUUAGAUUUUAUCGAUGUUGACAUUUGGUAUGGAAACGUGCAACACUAUAAACGUAAUAUUGCAUUAUUAUCUGUGUCGAUGGAUAUGAUGUGCAUUGCUUUCGCUUCUACAAUAAAUGAUAGCAAAUAAUUAUAGUAAAAUAUUAUGAGCUAAUUAAAUAUUCAUUACCUUUACUUCGUUAUAACAGUGGUAACCGAGUUGUUUGUGUUUGAGAUUUAACUCAAUAUAUGUGGUCGCGUAGUCAAGUGUCCUACAUUUCAACACUUUUUAUUCAAAUGGAAGAGAGUUGUGUACAUGUAAUGUUUCUGUUUAAGGGAGUGACUUAAUGUUAUAUUUGUGAUGGAAUAUUUCUUUAGAAAACCGCUCGUUCGGAUUGGCAUUGAUUGACAAACACUUGUUAUGUAUACUUUAAUAGAGAUAGCUCUAAGUGUGGGGGUGCUUGUCACUCUCAUUACAGUACUUUCAGCAUGUGUCUGUGGCUGCAAGAACUCCAACCAGAAAAGUGAGUUGGUUGGUACGGCCGGUGUGGUCAAAAUUCGUUUUGAUGAGGAGGCACCAUCUCCAACGCCUACCACUCCGGCCUCUAUCAAGCGGGCGUCUACGCAAAACAGUCAAAGAAGUUUGCCGGAGAUACCUCAGCCCGUUGGACGGAACGACAGCGGAGACACUGCCUCAGAAAUAUAUGCCACCGUGAAUUUGGAUGAAGGUAGCAAGACGGUAGCUACAGCUUCGACUAGCCGUGAUCAUCCCUACGAACAUGCCUACGCUAAACUACAGAAUGAGAGUCAUAUCCUUGUUGAAGUGACUACUGAUCAAUCAUCCGAACGGGAAAUACAAAUCGAUGAGAGAGAAGUGGGCCAAAACCCUGCAGAAUCGGUAGUAAUAUCGGCGUCGGUGGCGAUAAGCGGGCAGCUACCUUCGAGUCAGGAGCUGCCGUAUAUAACGCCGCCAUCACCACGACCCAAUACCGAUAAUACAACACACUUCAGCGGAGAUUCUACUGAUUCCGCAAAGGGCUACACAAGCAUCUCAGUUCGAGAACCACUGAGUAACAUCAGGGCUCAGAGCAGCAAGCCGCCGUCACAACCACACUAUGCAACAGUAUCAGACGAUUCUGAUGAGAUGUACGCUGCAAUUGAGGAAGCAAGCGUGGGCGAGGGUUCGGACACAUACGCACAGAUCGGGGCCGAGCCACGCCGGCGGGACCCUACACCCGACUUACUACACUCAGACCCCGCUCACGUCACCCGAAGAAGUGCACCACCUGAAAUUGGCGCUUCGACGUCGCAUGCUACACACUCUAGACAAGCGUCGUCCUCAUCAUGCUCCAACUCGACGGGCGCGCUGGGCUCGCCGAAGCCCGAGAAGCGUCAGGCCAACUCCCCGCUGCCGCCCCCUCCGCACACCACGCACACUGGCCACGCCGCCCACACCACGCACACCGGCCACGCUACGCACGCCACGCACACAACGCACGCGCCCCGCCAGCCGGCUAUAGACCAGGCUCUGGCACAACGCCAUCAACGAAUGUCCAGUACAGGUGAUCUUCACUUUAAUCACGAUAAGUUACGGCGCAGCCUCAACGAGAAACAUCAAAGAAACAACAGUUGCGUGAGCUCAUCAGACUUUUAUGGUUGUAACUAUCCCGUCGAGAAACACAGGUUUAGUUCUGGAGAUCUAAUCCGCCCACUUGUUGCCAGAGAACUAAACUUUGAUAUUGAUCAACGUGACGGCCAAGCUGAUAACCUUUACAACUCUAUCGAUGGCCCAGGAUACAGUGACUAUUCAUCAGCUGAUGCCAAUACGAGCUUGAACUCGGAUCACCGGGUUACUGAAAGUCCCUCGCGAAAUGUCGAAGAAAUGUACGCCAAAGUUAUGAAGAAAACUAAAGGCAGAGCUGAGGAUACCACAAGACGAUCAAAAGAAUUCAAAGAAAGUGGAGAACCUCAUACAUCAAAAUACCGAGGUGACGAUCCUGGCUAUGAAACUAUUGACCGCAAGAAGUCCAUUAAUCACGGAUACGAAACGAUUGCACACAAAGAGCGGAAAUCGUCACAAAAUCAAGAUCCUGGAUACGAAACAGUUAAAGACAGAAACAAUAUAGGUGCGAACACAAACUUCUCAAACAAUAACCUAUUGAAACUGAACCACUUGGUCGUCGACAGUGGUCCGAACAGCAUAGUGAGCAGUGACGCUGGAUAUGAACAUAUUUCCAAGACUGAUAACAACGCUUCAGAUUCCGAUCCAAAUUACGAGGUAUUGAGAAACCAACCGCCCACGCCACCUUAUGCAACAAUUGCGCCUAAUUACAAAGUACAACCUACGUACUCAACUGUCAAUAAGAAACCCAGUAAAUAUAAUAAUUGGCCUGCAAACAACAAUGAUGAACCCACCUUAGAACCAAAUUACGAGUCCAUGCCUCACGACCCCCUGUACAAUACAGGCAGUGAGUCAGAUCCCAAUUAUGAAUCUGUCCGCCCCAAGGAUCCCAACUACGAAAGUGUGAAUACACAGGAUCCGAAUUACGAGUCAUUAAGAUGUAAGGAUCCUAAAUACGAGUCGGUUCGAUCAAAAGACUCAAAGUAUGAUUCAGUACGAUCGAAGAAAGAUCCGAAUUAUGAAAGCGUAAAGUAUUUCGAACUAUCCAAGAAGGAACCGCCUUAUGAAAAGGUUCACAGUGAAGGAACAGCGAGCUCUAGCGUUGAGAGGUCAGACUCAGCUGCGGGUUACGAAAAGAUUAGUGUACCAAACCGAAGCGAGCCGAAAAGCAGUAUUAACGGAGGCGAUGCCACCGUCAGCGAUUACUUUCAAGUGUAAAAGUGCAACUGAAGAAUAUUAUAUAUAAACUUUUUUUGUGAACAAUGAAAACAGGAAGUCGAGCUAAUAACAUGAAUAUUUUAUUAACAGUAUUCACAUAGGAUUUUAAGAUUGAGUGCUCUUUAUUUAUUUAUUAAAAUAUUUUAGGGACUGUAUACAGCACCUCAACGAUAGAUAUAAUAAGUAAUAUCUUCCUUAGGUAUCUGUGAUAUAUGUAUGUUAUAAAAAUUUUGAUUUUUGUUUUUAUUUCCAUAAGAUUUUUAUAUGAGCAUUAAUAGACAUUAUAUUAUUCAGAAAACACGAAUAAUUUGUUACGAAAUCUCCAUUUAUUAGUGUGUUCAUGAGUGUGAUUAUUUUCUACACUUUGAUAUUAUGCUGAUUAUAAAAUUGUAUGCGUGUAUUGUAUAUUGCAUGUACAAAAUGUAGAUUGUACAUAUUUUUUUAAUUUUAGGUAAUUUAUGAUGACUAACUUUAUUAUGAACUUUUUAUCGAAAUUGUAUAUUAGUCAUGAAUGUUUUUGAGAAUAAUCUCGUGUCAUGACCAGAUAAUAUAAAAGUGUCGGUAGACUAUAUACAUUUUUCACAUACAUUCCAGUAUUAUAGACCAGAGAAUAUAUCAAUAAAGCUCUGCGAAAUGGUGCUUUCUUUCCCAUGAAUCCUAAUAAAUAUCAAUAUAGAAGCCAUAUUAGACAGACUGUCUGACAUAAUUAUAUGAUAAAGGGUUUCUCCCGCAUAUUAAUCUAGAUCUUCCGACUGGUUUCGGGCCCAACCGGAGUCCUUAAUCAUGAGUUGGUGCAGCGGCGCGGUCGCGAGCCUAACUGUUCAGUUAGUCGAUGUAUAUCGAUAAAUACGCGUGAGAUAAUUAUGUAAUCAUUUCGACAAAGUUUGAAAUCAUUAACUGAACAGAUUUUAAACUUUAUAGAAUAAAAGUCUUAUUCAAUCAUAGCUACCGACACUUUUAUGAUUUAAUCUGUAAGAGAAUUAUUAUUAAGAUCAAGUUUUUGGAGCCUGCAUUUUAGCUUAAGACUGCCUUAUGUGUUUGUUUGUUCAGUGGGUGCAUUAAUAUGAGAAAGGCAUGAAAAAUCGACCGUGCCGCUAAUCGAUAUUUGCUAGAAGUCAACGUUAAUUAAUAUGAUAAUAAUAUAUGUAAUCAAAUCUGAAUAAAAAAUAAAAAAUGAUUCACUUGUAAAUUGACCGCGAUAUUUGCAGUAUUUGCACCCCAGCUGAUAUAAAUAUUAUCAACUUUUGUAACAUAUUGAGGGUUGAUGACUGUUCUCCAUGUAUGUCCAUUCCUUUUUACGUAAUUAGGCACCGACAAGUUACUCUAAUUGGAAAUGUCCCAUGAUAUCAGAAAUUAUACAACAUGUAAUAGAAUUAACGCAAAACCUCGAAAGCUGGCAUACUCAUUAUUACGAACAACUUUUACUAUAGGACCAAUACGGAAAAACAAAUUAUUGUUGUUCAGAAAAUGUUAUCGAGUCGUACGCCCAGAUAUAUGGAGCAUUCGAUAUUUUUUCGCGGUUAUUGUAUUUAUUCCAAUGAUAAAAGUUGUUUAAAAUGAUGAGUAAAAUGACCCCUUGAAAAGUCUUGCGUUUAUUCUGAUACAUGUUGUAUAUUAUGUGCAAAAACAUGAGUCAAACAAUUUCAAAACAAAACCUAAUGCACAAAUAAUUCAUUCCAAUGGCAAUACACAGAUUUUUUACAGUCAUCCACCCCGUAUAAAAUUUCUUAAUAAAAUGAUAAUGAAUAUUAUUAUAUUAUUUAUAGUAUCAGCAAAUAUAAAAUAUAA